AUGGCAUUGUACAAGGAAAAACACAUAGAAUACAUCGUAUCAUUGGACACCCAUGUUAAGGACUACCAAUACUGGCUUUCAGAGCAUUUGCGUCUGAAUGGGACGUACUGGGGGCUCACGGCGUUGUCUCUAUUGGACUCCAAGGAUUCAUUUAAAAAGCAAGACGUUAUUGACUUUGUGCUGAGCUGUUAUAACGAAGAUGGUGGGUUUGGUGCUUUCAAGAACCAUGAUAGUCAUUUACUGUCCACAUUAUCUGCCUUACAAAUAUUGUUGAUCUAUGAUUCAUUGGAUGUUUUAACCGAUCAAGGUAUCGAAAAGACAGUCAAGUUUAUAACAGAUUUACAAUUGCCAAAUGGUGCUUUCCAAGGUGACAGAUUUGGUGAAGUGGAUACCAGAUUUGUAUAUACAGCUAUACAAUCGCUAGCUAUUUUGGGUAGAUUGUCCUCAAAAGUUGUUGAUAAAGCUGUGGAAUUCAUUUUAAGCUGUGCGAAUUUUGAUGGUGGAUUUGGAUUAGCACCAGGUGCUGAAAGUCAUUCAGCUCAAGUGUUUACAUGUCUCGGUACAUUAGCAAUUGCAGACAAAUUGGAUCUUGUGGAUGUUGAGCUAACAGGUUGGUGGUUAAGUGAAAGACAAGUUGAAAACGGUGGUUUGAAUGGAAGACCAAGUAAAUUACCAGAUGUAUGUUAUAGUUGGUGGGUUUUAUCAUCAUUGGCAUUGAUAAAUAAGUUGGGUUAUAUCGAUUUUGCUAAAUUAAGAGAAUUCAUAUUAAGUUGUCAAGAUGAAGUGACUGGUGGUAUUAGUGAUAGACCUGGCAAUCAAGUUGAUGUAUUCCAUACAAUAUUUGGGUUGGCAGGUUUGAGUUUAAUGGGGUAUGAAAAUUUGGUACCAGUUGACCCAAUGUAUUGUCUACCAGUUGAAGUUGGUAAAAAAAUAAAGAAAUGGCCCUACAAAGAGUGA